AUGAUGACCGAUAGUGGAGAGCUGGAACAGGAACUUGUUCCUGAAUGGCGGGCAAAAUAUCUCGACUACAAGAUUGGCAAAAAGAAAGUCAAGGCGAUCACUCGGGCCCUCCAGAAGGCACACCGCAGUCCCCAUGUCUCGUCCAAUCGGCAUCCCACAACCACCCCGCAAAUUCGCAGCGCAUCCUAUCCUGUUCUCACACCCUCCAAUACCGAUAAACAGCUUGAUGCGGCAGCAGACUAUGUUCCCUCGACCCCACAGCGAGGUGUCACCAACUCGCCCACCAUAAUACGCACCACGCCGGUGCCCAGAACCGAGCGACAACCGCUUCGCACGCCUGGCUCGCGGUUCUCUGAAAAUGUUGGUAGUUAUGGAAGCAUACUGGCAACGCCACCACCACAACCUCAUGCUGCAGGUUCGGACGUAGCUUCCUUUGAACUUCCGGACCCGGCACUUGACCCAGAUGAGGACUAUCGGUCACACGAGGAAACUACAGACCGGCCCAGCCACCUCCGGACGCCUUCACCGGUCAUGGAUCGCCGUGGCAUUGUGAACGGCUCUCCCUCCCAUCCUAUAUCAGAACCUUUGCCGACACAGAGGCCUCAAUUGGACCAACGCGCGAGCUAUCAAAGUCAGAUGGGUGACGCCUUGACAAAGGUAACGUCAGGCAACCGGACAUCGCAGCUUCUACGGCGGGUGUUCACAGCGGAGGGAGAGCCUGGCGCGAAACGAUCACAAUAUGAUUCUGGCGCUGGCGCCGAGCUUGACAAACGCCAGGACGAGUUCUUCGAGUUCCUGGAUAGCGAGUUAAACAAGAUCGAUUCGUUUUACGUGAUGAAAGAACAAGAAGCUACUGAGAAGUUGCGGGUCCUUCGCCAGCAAUUACAUAUAAUGCGAGACCAACGUAUCCAAGAGGUUUUGGCUGCUAAGAGAGCCGUCAAAACUGAUAACUCGGAGGCACAGCAACGGCAAAAUGGGUUCGCAAAAAUCAAGAAUGCUCGAAUCAAGGAUACAUUCGCCGGAAAGAAUCGUUUCGGUAAGAACACGGAAGCGCUAGCUCAGAUGGCGACCCCUGGCAUGCAUCCACAAGAUCGGGAAUUCAUCGCCGGCCGGAGGGACUUUAUGCGGCGGCAGGAUCCACAAAGUCACGAAGUGCCCUAUCGCUCCGCUAAGCGCAAGCUUAAGCAUGCAUUGCAGGAGUUCUAUCGCGGAGUGGAACUUCUCAAGGGAUAUGCUUAUUUGAAUCGAACGGCUUUCCGGAAGAUCAACAAGAAAUAUGAUAAAGCGGUUAACGCCCGCCCUCCGCUCCGCUAUAUGUCUGAAAAGGUCAACAAAGCGGCCUUUGUACAGAGUGAAGUGAUCGAGAGCUUGAUGGUAGCGGUCGAAGACUUAUAUUCCCGUUACUUUGAGCGCGGUAAUCGCAAAAUCGCCAUCUCCAAGCUCCGUCACACAAUCAACAAAUCUGAUGACUACUCACCACACACAUUCCGCUCGGGCCUUUUGUUGAUGGGUGGAACUCUGUUUUCCAUAAAGGCCUUGGUUGAUGCUACGGCAAUUCUCCGCUCGGGUGAGGUCGAUGAACAAGUUCAGACCAGUUAUCUCCUCCAGAUAUAUGGCGGGUAUUUCCUCAUCGUGUUCCAUGUCUUGCUCUUUUGUCUGGAUUGUAUGAUCUGGACAAAGUCAAAGAUCAACCAUGCCUUUGUUUUCGAAUAUGACACUAGACACACCUUGGAGUGGCGUCAGUUGCUGGAGAUCCCUGCUUUCUUCCUUUUCUUGAUGGGUCUAUUCAUGUGGCUCAACUUUUCAUGGUAUAACCACAUGUAUAUCUACUGGCCUGUCGUCCUUAUUGGGUUGACAAUCAUUAUAAUUUUCUUGCCGGCCCGUGUUCUUUACCACAGGAGCCGUAAGUGGUUUGCCUUUUCGAAUUGGCGCCUUUUGCUUGCCGGAAUCUACCCAGUCGAGUUUCGUGAUUUCUUCCUUGGCGACAUGUACUGUUCUCAGACAUAUGCCAUGGGAAACAUCGAGCUCUUCUUCUGUCUAUACGCCUCGUACUGGGAUUACCCUCCCAAGUGCAACUCCUCCCACUCUCGACUCUUGGGCUUCUUCCAAUGCCUUCCCUCAGUCUGGCGAGCUUUCCAGUGUAUUCGCCGAUACGUGGACACAAAGAACGCAUUCCCCCAUCUCCUGAACUUGGGCAAGUACAUAUUUGGCGUCCUCUUCUAUGCUACUCUCAGCAUGUACCGCAUAAACCUCCACACGCGUUUCCAAGCCUCGUUCAUCACCUUCGCUCUCCUGAACGCCGUCUACACCUCAGUAUGGGAUCUAAUCAUGGACUGGAGUUUGGGUAACCCAUACGCAAAGAACCCAAUGCUCCGCGAAGUCCUCGCCUUUCGUCGCGUAUGGGUAUACUACGCCGCAAUGCUACUCGACGUGGUCGUCCGUUUCAACUGGAUCUUCUACGCAAUAUUUAUCACAAACAUCCAACAGUCCGCGCUGCUUAGCUUCAUGGUCUCCUUCUCAGAAGUCUGCCGCCGUGGUGUCUGGUCCAUCUUCCGUGUCGAAAACGAGCACUGCACAAACGUCCUCCUCUUUCGCGCUUCCCGUGAUGUCCCUCUUCCCUACGAUAUCCCCGCCCCAGCUGCUGCCCCUCUCGACGGCUCACUAGAAGACGUCCAACUCCAAGAACAGCAGCAGCAGCACGCCUCUACGCCGUUCAUGUCACCCGGCGAUGUCGAACACGGCACCCCGUCCAUGUCUAGUAUGCGUGCUCGACACCGCCGUCCCUCGAUUACUAUUAGUCGGGUCGGCACGAUCGUUGCCUCAGCCCACGCUCAAGAUUUCGAGCGAAGACGUCUACCAAAUUUCUUGUCUAGCGCGAGUGUUGGACGGAAUAUGGGCCACGGCGCAGACGAUAGCACGGACGAAGAUGACGAGGGUGAUCUGAGCACGGAUGAGGAUUCGAAAUCGGUGGCCGAGGGUCAACGGUCCAGACCGGUUUCAGAGCGCAGGGAUACUAUGGGGAGAAUUCUUGAGUAA